AUGACAGACAACCAGGUCACCAUAAGGAAACUGAUUUCCUCCACCUCCUCAGACUACGAGGUGCAGGAGCUCCUAGGAUGUGGCGCCUACGGAGCUGUCACUAAGUGCAGGAAGGUAGCCACCAAUGAAAUGGUGGCUUUAAAAAUCCUUAAGCGCACAGAUUACAUCGAUUUUGCAAAAGAAGAGGCGGAGACACUGACAUGGAUGAAACAGCUCAACUCCGAGAAGUUCAACAUCGUUGUACUGAACGACUCCUUCAUCUUUGAGGGAUGUUUUCAUCUGGAGUUUGAGAAACUUGACAUCAGUCUCUGCCAAUUCAUGGAGAUGCGCAGCUCAGACUCUCUUCAGCUGCAGGAGAUCCGCCCCAUUGUACAACAGUUGGCCACUGCUCUGGAGUUCAUAAAGCAUGCAGGGGUCGUACACGCUGAUCUUAAGCCUGAGAACAUCAUGAUGGUGGACCAUGUACGGCAGCCAUUAAGGAUAAAGAUCAUUGACUUUGGCAUUGCGUGUAGAGAUCCUGAGGCACGCACAGAUCAAAUCUUACAGACCCUGUGGUACAGAUUUCCAGAGAUACUGCUGGGGGCUCCCUUCAACACCGCCAUCGACACGUGGUCCCUGGGCUGCAUUGCAGCCGAAAUGAAACUGGGCAAAGUACUGUUUCCUGGAAGUGAUGAGUAUGAUAUGCUAAUGAAAUAUUGUGACGUGCUGAGCUCUGAUGACGGCACGGAGACGACCUCCAACAGCCCGGCCCUCCACCCUGAUGAAGGUCACGCUGCUGGGCAGAGCGAGGAGGAGCAACUCGGCCUCCAGAGCAUCCGUGAGAACAGUCCAGCAAAGAAAAGGAAAAGGGACUGUUCUGAAGAUUCGGAGUCUGGCAACAGGAGCCGUAUUGCCACAAAGAGGAGGAGUCAAUGCCAGGACGCAGCAGACACAGUUUGGCAAACACGCCCACUGCUGCGCAAAAGACAGAGGGAUGAAUCAGAUCAACGCUCAUCCUCUGAUAGCAACUCCCAGAAAACAAAAAAGAGGCGCAUAAACCUCGAUAAAGAACCGAUGGAGAGGGUCACAAAACUUCUGAGCGACACACAGGAAGCCCCAUCCAGCUCGACACAGGUCCAUUCUUGGAAGAGAAAGAGGGCUGAUGAAGAGGCUACAAGCCCAGAAGAGGACAAACCUAAAUUGAAGACUGAGAAUUAA